GGUUAAAACAAAGUGGCUUGCACAUGCUGUCAAGCUGGUCGACUCCUUUCCUGGUGACUUCGUUGCCCACUUCUAGAGGUGAAUGGCUUAACUCUCCGCUGUCUCGUGAAGCCAAUCGCGGGUGUCAUCGCGUGAGCCAAGGAGUUUGACUGUAAAACCUAUAUUGGCUGUUAGAACGUCAUGACAGCCGAAAAGACUAUUCCCAUAACAAAUGGAAAACCCGAUGAUGCCAUGGACGCAGAGGCUUCGAAUACCAACUUAGUGAAGAGCAGUGACCAAAAAGUGAACGAGAGGGGACACUGGAACAAUAAGAUUGAGUUUAUACUGUCAGUCGCUGGGGAGAUUAUAGGACUUGGCAACGUGUGGAGGUUCCCAUAUCUUUGUUACAAAAAUGGAGGCGGUGCUUUCUUUGUGCCCUAUGUCAUCUUCUUCAUCUGCUGUGGGAUCCCCAUGUUCUUCCUGGAGACCGCCCUGGGCCAGUUCACUAGUGAAGGGGGGAUCACAUGUUGGAGAAAAGUCUGUCCACUGUUUGAGGGAAUUGGAUAUGCAACUCAAGUCAUAGAAGGUUAUCUGAAUGUGUAUUAUAUCGUCAUCUUGUCCUGGGCGAUCUUCUACCUAUUUAACUGCUUCACAACAGAGCUUCCCUGGGCAACAUGUGGCCAUGAGUGGAACACAGAAAACUGUGUGGACUCUCGGAACUUAAGCCUUCACAACUUCUCUCUCCCCCAUGCCACGACCCCAGUCAUUGAGUUUUGGGAACGGCGUGUGCUCAAACUGUCCAGUGGAAUUGAGAGCAUGGGGAAGCUGCGCUGGGAGCUCGCUGGCUGUCUGCUAGUGGCAUGGAUCAUCUGCUAUUUCUGUAUAUGGAAGGGGCCCAAAUCUAGUGGCAAGGUGGUGUAUGUCACUGCCACAUUCCCAUACGUCAUGCUGCUCAUCCUGCUCGUCAGAGGAGUCACCCUGCCAGGAGCUGCCGAGGGGAUCAAGUACUACCUCUACCCAGACAUGUCACGCCUCUCUGACCCACAGGUAUGGGUGGAUGCAGGAACUCAGAUCUUCUUCUCCUAUGCCAUUUGUCUUGGCUGCCUAACGGCCCUGGGCAGCUACAAUCCCUACCACAACAACUGCUACAGAGACUGCAUCAUGCUGUGCUGCCUGAACAGUGGCACAAGCUUUAUCGCUGGUUUUGCCAUCUUCUCUGUGCUUGGUUUCAUGUCGUAUGAGCAGGGGGUGCCAAUCGAAGCGGUCGCUGAAUCGGGGCCUGGACUGGCUUUCAUUGCCUAUCCCAAAGCUGUGUCGAUGAUGCCCUUAUCUCCCCUGUGGGCUUGCCUCUUCUUCCUCAUGCUCAUCUUCCUGGGUCUGGACAGUCAGUUUGUAUGUGUGGAGAGUUUGGUGACAGCUGUGGUGGAUAUGUACCCCAAGACCUUCCGAGUGGGCUACCGCCGGGAGCUUCUGAUCUUGGGCAUGUCCGUAGUGUCCUUCAUGAUCGGAUUGAUUAUGCUGACGGAGGGCGGCAUGUAUGUGUUCCAGCUGUUUGAUUCAUAUGCGGCCAGUGGAAUGUGUCUGCUAUUUGUGGCCAUCUUUGAGGCCAUCGUCAUUGGAUGGAUUUACGGAAGUGACAGAUUUUACCUGAAUAUUGAGGAUAUGAUUGGAUACAAGCCAGUCUUUUUCAUCAAGUGGUGCUGGAAGAUUCUAACUCCUGGGAUAUGUACUGCAACAUUCCUGUUCUUUCUGAUCAAGUACAAGCCACUGAAGUACAAUAAUACGUACACAUAUCCUGACUGGGGCUACGCCAUCGGUUGGAUGAUGGCGCUCUCCUCCAUGGUGUGCAUUCCUCUGGGCAUGGUUAUCCAGAUCUGGAAGACAGAAGGCACUUUCUCAGAGCGUAUUAAGAAACUGACCACCCCAAGCAAAUCCCUGAAGAUGCGGGGAAGGCCUGUGCCCAAAGGCCAAUAUGCUGUGACUGGGAAUGACUGUGAUGCCAAAUCCAAGAUCUCAACCAUCACCGAGAAGGAGACCCACUUUUGAAGGGGGCACUGACACAAGCCAAUUUCGCCACCACCACCAAUGUGAACAAAAGAUUUAAUGAGACAUAAAAUGUAUGUGUGUGUGUGUGUGUGUGUGAGAGAGGAAGAAGUAUUUACUGCGUGAUUACCUUAUAUCCCACAUCUCGCUUCUUUUGCACAAACUUAAUUAACACAUUCAUUUCAUACAUAACAUCAUGUCUUAA